UCACGAAUGACGAAUGUCGUAUCAAAGAUUUAGAGCUUGUCCCCGUCGUGAGUGCAGGUCAGGUCCAGUGCAUACACACAGCCAAACUGCUAUAUAUGGGGAGAUAGGUUGAAGCGGAGUUAGAAUAUCGUCAUGCGACCCCUGUCUGUCUGGUUCAUGGGCCAAUUUAGUAAGAAGAAAUGCUGGAAGAGACGACCAGAUCAUCCUCCCUGCGAGUCUUUAUCAGUCCAGCUCCGCAGGGCAGCGGACGGACCGCCGACGGUUCUAAGCAAUUCGGACAUAAUGGCAAUGGCCGUUUUGCCCAUUGUCACAGCCAUUAUCGGUUAUGAGCUGUUUCAAACCUAACCGAGCCAGGGAAUCCGGACCGAUUCCGCGCUGUCGUUGCC